AUGGAACAGUCAGGUACACUUGUGAAAGCUUUGUUGAAGAACACGAACAAUCCGAGAUUAGCAUGGAGUAUCUUCAAGAGAGUGUCCUCUUCUCCUUCAGACGAAAGCCAUGUGAUCUCUUUAGCAGCGGCUCCUACGAUCGCUCGUAUCCUCGUUCGAGCUCAAAUGCACAAAGAAAUCGAAGACCUUCACAAUCUUAUACUCUCUUCGUCGUCAUUCCAAAAGACGAAGCUUUCUUCAUCUCUUCUCUCCGUUGUCUCGAUCUUCGCGAAAUCGAGUUACAUUGAUAAGGCGUUCCCGCAGUUUCAGUUAGUACGGUCGCGGUUCCCUGAGAACAAACCUGGGAUUUAUUUGUAUAAUGUGUUGUUUGAAAGUUGUAUAAAGGAAAGACGUGUGGAGUUCGUUUCGUGGUUGUAUAAAGAUAUGGUUUUGUGUGGGGUUGCUCCACAGACUUAUACGUUUAAUCUGUUGAUCCGUGCUUUGUGUGAUUCAAGUUGUGUGGAUGCUGCUCGUGAGUUGUUCGACGAAAUGCCUGAGAAAGGUUGUAACCCAAAUGAGUUUACUUUUGGGAUUUUGGUUCGUGGGUAUUGUAAAGCUGGUUUGCCUGAUAGAGGACUAGAGUUGUUGAAUUCGAUGGGAAGUUUUGGGGUUUUGCCUAAUAAAGUUGUGUAUAAUACCAUCGUUUCUAGCUUCUGUAGGGAAGGUAGGAACGAUGAUUCCGAAAAGCUGGUGGAGAAGAUGCGAGAGGAAGGUUUGGUUCCUGAUAUUGUAACGUUCAACUCGAGGAUAUCAGCGCUGUGUAAAGAAGGAAAGGUUUUGGAUGCGUCUAGAAUUUUCAGUGAUAUGGAGCUUGAUGAGUAUCUUGGUCUUCCUCGUCCCAAUAGUAUAACAUAUAACUUGAUGCUGAAAGGAUUCUGCAAGGUAGGGUUGCUGGAGGAUGCCAAGACCCUCUUUGAGUCGAUUAGAGAGAAUGAUGAUCUCACUAGUUUGCAGAGUUACAAUAUUUGGCUGCAGGGUUUGGUCAGACAUGGGAAGUUUAUAGAGGCUGAAAGAGUCCUAAAGCAAAUGAUUGAUAAGGGAAUAGGGCCAAGUAUUUUCUCUUACAAUAUUUUGAUGGAUGGAUUGUGCAAAUUAGGCAUGCUAUCCGAUGCAAAUACGGUAGUUGGAGUGAUGAAAAGAAAUGGUGUUUCCCCGGAUGCUGUAACAUAUGGCUGCCUUCUACAUGGUUAUUGCAGUGUUGGGAAAGUCGACGCAGCUAAAAGCUUGUUGCAGGAGAUGAUGAGGAAUAGUUGCUUACCAAAUGCUUACACUUGCAAUAUUUUGCUCCAUAGUCUUUGGAAGAUGGGGAGAAUAUCUGAAGCAGAAGAGUUGCUGCGGAAGAUGAAUGAAAAAGGUUAUGGACUAGAUACUGUCACCUGCAACAUUAUCAUUGAUGGACUCUGUGACAGCGGGGAAUUAGAUAAAGCGAUUGAGAUAGUUAAGGGAAUGCGGGUGCAUGGAAGUGCUGCUCUUGGUAACCUAGGCAACUCAUAUAUUGGACUGGUCGAUGAUAGCUUGAUCGAGAACAAUUGUUUGCCUGACCUGAUCACGUAUUCAACUUUACUUAAUGGUUUGUGCAAAGCAGGAAGGUUCGGUGAAGCAAAAAACUUGUUUGCUGAGAUGAUAGGAGAGAAACUGCAACCGGACUCUGUCGCAUACAACAUUUUCAUCCAUCAUUUCUGCAAACAGGGGAAAAUAUCAUCUGCAUUUCGCGUUCUUAAAGACAUGGAGAAGAAAGGUUGUCAUAAGAGCCUGGAGACUUAUAACUCUCUGAUCCUGGGCUUAGGCAUAAAAAAUCAGAUAUUUGAAAUUCAUGGACUGAUGGAUGAGAUGAAAGAAAAGGGCAUUUCACCUAAUAUCUGCACCUACAAUACUGCAAUCAAGUAUCUCUGUGAGGGAGGAAAAGUUGAAGAUGCAACUAACCUUUUAGAUGAAAUGAUGCAAAAGAACGUAGCCCCAAAUGUGUUUUCCUUCAAAUAUUUAAUUGAAGCGUUCUGUAAGGUCCCUGAUUUUGACAUGGCCCAUGAAGUCUUUGAGACUGCUGUAAGCAUCUGUGGACAAAAGGAAGUCCUUUACAGCUUGAUGUUUAAUGAGUUGCUAGCUGCAGGGCAACUCUUAAAGUCUACAGAAUUGCUUGAAGCUACUUAUACGUUUAAUCUGUUGAUCCGUGCUUUGUGUGAUUCAAGUUGUGUGGAUGCUGCUCGUGAGUUGUUCGACGAAAUGCCUGAGAAAGGUUGUAACCCAAAUGAGUUUACUUUUGGGAUUUUGGUUCGUGGGUAUUGUAAAGCUGGUUUGCCUGAUAGAGGACUAGAGUUGUUGAAUUCGAUGGGAAGUUUUGGGGUUUUGCCUAAUAAAGUUGUGUAUAAUACCAUCGUUUCUAGCUUCUGUAGGGAAGGUAGGAACGAUGAUUCCGAAAAGCUGGUGGAGAAGAUGCGAGAGGAAGGUUUGGUUCCUGAUAUUGUAACGUUCAACUCGAGGAUAUCAGCGCUGUGUAAAGAAGGAAAGGUUUUGGAUGCGUCUAGAAUUUUCAGUGAUAUGGAGCUUGAUGAGUAUCUUGGUCUUCCUCGUCCCAAUAGUAUAACAUAUAACUUGAUGCUGAAAGGAUUUUGUAAGGUAGGGUUGCUGGAGGAUGCCAAGACCCUCUUUGAGUCGAUUAGAGAGAAUGAUGAUCUCACUAGUUUGCAGAGUUACAAUAUUUGGCUGCAGGGUUUGGUCAGGCAUGGGAAGUUUAUAGAGGCUGAAACUGUCCUAAAGCAAAUGGUUGAUAAGGGAAUAGGGCCAAGUAUUUUCUCUUACAAUAUCUUGAUAGAUGGAUUGUGCAAAUUGGGCAUGCUAUCCGAUGCAAAAACUGUAGUUGGUGUGAUGAAAAGAAAUGGUGUUUCCCCAGAUGCUGUAACAUAUGGCUGCCUUCUUCAUGGUUAUUGCAGUGUUGGGAAAGUCGACGCAGCUAAAAGCUUGUUGCAGGAGAUGAUGAGGAAUAAUUGCUUACCAAAUGCUUACACUUGCAAUAUUUUGCUCCAUAAACUUUGGAAGAUGGGGAGAAUAUCUGAAGCAGAAGAGUUGCUGCGAAAGAUGAAUGAAAAAGGUUAUGGACUAGAUACUGUCACCUGCAACAUUAUCAUUGAUGGACUCUGUGACAGCGGGGAAUUAGAUAAAGCUGUUGAGAUAGUUAAGGGAUUGCGGGUGCAUGGAAGUGCUGCUCUUGGUAACCUAGGCAACUCAUAUAUUGGACUGGUGGAUGAUAGCUUGAUCGAGAACAAUUGUUUGCCUGACCUGAUCACGUAUUCAACUUUACUUAAUGGUUUGUGCAAAGCAGGGAGGUUCGGUGAAGCAAAAAACUUGUUUGCUGAGAUGAUAGGAGAGAAACUGCAACCGGACUCUGUCGCAUACAACAUUUUCAUCCAUCAUUUCUGCAAACAGGGGAAAAUAUCAUCUGCAUUUCGCGUUCUUAAAGACAUGGAGAAGAAAGGUUGUCAUAAGAGCCUGGAGACUUAUAACUCUCUGAUCCUGGGCUUAGGCAUAAAAAAUCAGAUAUUUGAAAUUCAUGGACUGAUGGAUGAGAUGAAAGAAAAGGGCAUUUCACCUAAUAUCUGCACCUACAAUACUGCAAUCAAGUAUCUCUGUGAGGGAGGAAAAGUUGAAGAUGCAACUAACCUUUUAGAUGAAAUGAUGCAAAAGAACGUAGCCCCAAAUGUGUUUUCCUUCAAAUAUUUAAUUGAAGCGUUCUGUAAGGUCCCUGAUUUUGACAUGGCCCAUGAAGUCUUUGAGACUGCUGUAAGCAUCUGUGGACAAAAGGAAGUCCUUUACAGCUUGAUGUUUAAUGAGUUGCUAGCUGCAGGGCAACUCUUAAAGUCUACAGAAUUGCUUGAAGCUGUUUUAGAUAGAGGUUUUGAGUUGGGGAAUUUUCUUUAUAAAGAUCUUAUUGAGACCUUAUGUAAGAAGGAUGAACUAGAAGUAGCUAGUGGAAUUUUGCAUAAGAUGAUAGACAAAGGAUAUGGGUUUGACCCUGCAGCAUUGAUGCCUGUGAUAGAUGGGUUAGGUAAGAUGGGAAACAAGAAAGAAGCAGAUAAUUUUGCUGAGAAGAUGAUGGAAAUGGCUUCAGUUAGUGAAGUAGCAAACAAAGUCGAUCCAAAUGCAUGGGAUUUACACCAGAAAAAGCAUAAUACGCAUGAUGGAAACAACUGGCAGAAUAUAUUACACAGAGAUGACGGUAGUGGCAUUGCACUAAAAUCUCUGUCAAGGGUUAAAAAAGGUUGGGGUCAAGGCGAUAUAUCAAGCUUUCAGCCUCAGAGAGUUGACUACCUAGACUACUGGGAGGAUGAUGGUUAAAAGGAUAUUGUAUGACUCUGUUUUCUUUCUUAUGGUAAAGUUCAGCUGGCGGUCAAGCACGUUUUUUAGGUGCAGCUCAUUAAGGAUGACAGGGUUCGGUUAUCGGGUACGGUUAAUUUGACCAGGCCUGUGUAAUGCGGGUCAUAAUGUAAUUAUCAGUAAUUAGUAAAAUAUUUUAGUCCGGAUAUUAAAUGGGCUUUUUAGUGUAUCCGUCAAAAAAAUUACUCCAAAUUAACCGUUCGGUUUGGAAAUUUCCACGAUUUGCGUCAAAUAGUGCACCAACUUCCACUCUGUGGUUUCUUCUCUUUGUUUCUUGAAGAACAACUAGUCAGGUUAAUUUCAUACCAAACCACAAGCUGGAAAUUGUGCCAGUUGAAGAUGCCAAGGAGUUUGCAAAUUUCAUACCAAACCACAAGCUGGAAAUUGUGCAAGGAGCUAAUCAUGGUUACACCAAAACCAAACAUCAGAGGCAACUGGUUUCAACAGUUGUGGUCUUUAUUAAGACUGUGAUUCUUGAAGAACAACUAGUCAGGUUAUCUUUGGAAUUGCUCAUCAUCAU